CCUCGUAUUAUUAAGAACCAACAUUAAGUUCAACAUUCGUUUGAUCAUUAAUUGUUUCGAAGAAAAAGUUCAUGUUUAAAAAGAAAAAAACAAAAAAAAAUUAAAACAGAGCAAAAUUCUUUGAACCAUCAAGGCAAUUGACGAACAAAAGCAUUAAGGAGCGAGUAAGUUAGUUGACUACUUCAAAAUAAAGUGUGUUUUGAUUUUUGCAAAUAUAUUCCAAAUUAAAGAUGCCCAAAUAAGAAGAUUAUAUAGGGUAUACAUCUAUCUCUUCUUUAAAGCAAUGAAACAUCUCUUGAAAUCAAAGUCUCAACUACUACAAAAACCCUUCCUUAUAUCUUUUGUCUACAUUGAGUAAGCUGCAAGCGAAUCCUUGUUGAUCUUCUCUCUUUCUCUCUCUUGCUUCCAUGGAAAAACGCCAAAACGGGUUGUUGCCAGUACUCUGUGUUGUCUUCUCCCUUGGCCUAUGUUCCGCAGCUUCAUGCGUAGCCGCCGAAUUAAAGAUAGCCAAGGUAAAGGACCUCAAGUUGAACGGAAAGCAAUGUUAUUUGCCUGAGACUCAUUCAUUUCGGUUGGGAAUUGCUGCUUUAAUUUGCCUAUGCGUUGCUCAAAUCAUUGGCAAUCUUGUAGUGGUGCUGCUUUGCUUCUUAUUCCAUGCCAAAACUCCCAUGGUUUCAACUUUUCUUCUGAUUAUUUCUUGGAUAAGCUUUGGAAUCAGUGUGAUAUUGUUGGGUAGUGCCACCAGUAUGAGUGGGCGGCAGCCAUACGGAAAAGGGUGGUUGGAGGGUGAGUGUUACCUUGUCAAAGAUGGUGUCUUUACUGGAUCUGCAAUCCUCGUGUUGCUCACAAUGGCCUCCACGCUUGCCUCGGCCAUUACUACUAUUACCACUACCACUAUUUCUCAAGUUAACCAACAACACCAAUUAGAUCCAAAGUUCUAGAGUACAUAGAAAAUUUGGGCAUGACAUGCUAUUGAUUCCAUUAUUAUUAUGUACAUGUUAUAACAGAUGAGUCUGUGCGGUUUGAAAAGGAAUUAGCUAUGAGAGUGAAAACCCAGAGGAUUAACUCAACUUAACAGACUCAAGUCAGGCUAAGGCAACUUGGCCUAUAAAGGCAAAAGCUUCAACUUCAAUUUUAAAACUCGGGUGGCGAAUCAAGUUUCUUCCAAAUGGAAAAUAUAAAGUUGUACACUUCUACUUUACAAUUCUUUCUUCUUUUAAAUAUUGUCUGAUACAUUGUCAUGGAACCUUACUCCACUUGUACACAAAGAUUUAUAUUAUAUAAAUUAUAACACUAGGAAAGGAACUGCUACCUUA